AUGGCAUCUGAACAGGCUUACGGCGUGACGCCUCCCAUUUCCGUUCAACUCCCAACGGAAGCCGAGCUGCGACAAUCGGACGCUCUCCUGGAAGAAUUGAAGCGUCAAAAGACCUUCGAGAGUCCCGCAGAGACUGCCAAGAGAGAAGAAGUCCUAGCCUCGAUCCAAACCAUUUGCGAUGCGUUCGUCCGUCGAGUCGCCCAGGAGAAAGAACCCAAGAACGAGGUCCUCAUACGGAAUGCGAGGGGCAAAGUCUUCACUUACGGCAGUUAUCGCCUCGGCGUCUACGGCCCCGGCUCUGAUAUUGACACUCUCAUCGUCGCGCCGAAAUACGUGACCCGCGAGGAUUACUUCAAGUUCUUCCCAGAUCUGCUCCUCUCGAUGGCCCCCAAAGAUGCCAUCACUGACAUGGCUGUCGUGACUGAUGCUUUCGUACCCAUCAUCAAGUUUGAGUACUCUGGCAUAAGCAUUGAUUUGAUCUUUUCUAGGGUUAUUCAGAAGCAGCUAUCUCCCGAUUUCAAAGACCUCAAAGACUCCGGCCUGCUGCGCGGCCUGGAUGAGGCAGAGCUGCGAUCUCUCAACGGCACACGAGUAACGGACGAGAUCCUCACGCUAGUCCCCGAACAGAGCACAUUCAAGAAUGCUUUGCGAGCCAUCAAGCUGUGGGCGCAACGGCGUGCUGUCUACGCCAACAUCAUGGGUUUCCCUGGUGGUGUUGCUUGGGCCAUGCUCGUCGCACGCGUCUGCCAGCUCUACCCAAAGGCUACGUUCUCGGUGAUUGUUAACAAGUUCUUUUUGGUUAUUAGCCAAUGGCGCUGGCCGCAACCCGUUCUCCUCAAGCCCAUUGAGGGUGGGCCUCUUCCUGUUCGAAUCUGGAACCCCAAGCUCUACAAGGGUGAUACCUAUCAUCUAAUGCCCGUCAUUACUCCUGCGUAUCCAUCCAUGUGUGCUACUUUCAACAUUACUCGUUCGUCAAUGGCGAUUAUCAACCGAGAACUUAAGCGGGCUCUUCAGAUAUCUGAGAGCAUCAUGGUGGGCAAGCGCCCCUGGAGCGAUCUUUUUGUCAAGCAUACCUUCUUCACCGCAGGGUACAAGUACUACAUCUCUGUUACCUCAGCAGCGAAGACAAAGGAGGCCCACACGAUCUGGUCUGGUUAUGUUGAGUCCAAGGUUCGAAUGUUAGUGCAGAAACUUGAGCAACACCAGUCCAUUGCUCUAGCUCAUGCCUUCAACAAGGGCUAUGAAAGACAACACCGAUGUCACAAUCAGGAAGAGAUCGAGGCUGUGCAGGAAGGGAGCCUCGACUAUCUAUGUAAAGAAGACGCCGGGCACACUACUGCUGUCAAGAUUGAGCCCGCAGUCGCAGAGCUACCAAUCAAGGCUGAAAACGGGGGGAAUGGCCUGCCUAUCAAGUCUGAGAAUGGUCAAGGCGACGAACAGGUCAAGACCGAGAACGGUGAGAAUGAUCCAGUUGUUAAGCCUGAGCCCACAGAAGAGACUGGUCCUAUCACAGCCGUGCCUGUCAAACCUGAGACACCGGAUGAGUCCAAACCAACAGACACUACGACGGCAAGCGGCCCAUCCGACAUCUACACAACUACUCACUAUAUUGGCCUCGAGUUGGCUUCUGGCGCCAAAUCACUUGAUCUUUCUUACCAGGUUGAUGAGUUCAAGGAACUUUGCACCUCGUGGCAGAAGUACAAGGAUGAUCUGAAAGAUGACGUCUCUAUUGGUGUUCAACAUGUCCGAAACUUCAACUUACCAGACGAUGUAUUCGACGACGGCGAGAAGAAACCCCAGAAGAAGGCUGCAGCUAAGGGCUCAGUCAACGGCAAGAAACGGGGCCCCCCAGAGGAGAAUCCUCCCCCAGCGAAGAGACAGCAAGCUUCGGUUGCCGCCGCAGGUUGA